AAAUGUCAAAAACAAUGAAAUAUUUUUUAUGAACGAGCGUCGUCAGGAUGUUGUUACGUUUGUUGUUCAAGUUUGUUACUCUUUCUAUGUAAAUAGUCGGUGCUCGCGUGUGUAAUGUUUACUAAGAUUGUAUUUUUUACACUUUUACUCACAAAAUUCUUUGUAUACAUGUAUAUUUGCUGUCAUAGUGACUAAUUGAAAGCAGUUGCAUAGUUGAAACAAUGCAGACACGCAAGAAAUCCUGCAAUGGGAGUUCGCGCCCAUCUACCGGUACUAGUGGACGGACGUAUUCCUGGGAGACGUGUAGGAUCUGUUUAGACGAUGGCGAAACACCUAUAUUUGGAGAUAACGACAUAUCUCAUGAUAUUGCCGAAUUUGGACAAAUCAAAAUUGAAAAGGACGAUAACCUACCACAGUCAAUAUGUGAGCCUUGUCUAUCUUUGCUAAAAUCGGCUAUACUCUUCAGACAGACAGCUAAACUAUCGGAAGACAUAAUUAAUAAACGUAAACAUGAAAUAUUUAAACGAACCAAAACAAUAAGUUACACAGAUAACGAGUCUGAAGAUUUUGAGAGAAAAUAUGAUGAAGAAAUUGAUAUAAAAACAGAAUAUCUUGAGUUCGAGUAUAGUUCGGAUUCUAGUAUAGACAUUGGCAAUUUUGAAUCUAAAAGUGAAGUUUUCGAUGAAGAAGGUAGCACCAGUCGUAAUCAUACAAUAUCGGAAGGACAGGAAAGUGAAGAUGUCAGGGAAUUUUGUACUGAUACAGAUAAUUGUGAUGAAUCUUUGGUUGAAACAAAUGAAAAAGAAGCAGAUAACGAAAUGAUAAUGAUCAUUGUUUCGGACAAAGAUAAACAAAAAUUAAACAAUCAGUCAACCAAGAUUGAAAUGGAUAGUGAUACUAAGCCUAAGCAGAAAGAACAACUAUCAGAAAAAGGAAAUACAAAUUUAACGGAGUGUGAAGUUUGCCGUGAGAUGGUUUCUAAAUUGAAUUAUGAAGAUCAUUUACAAGAACAUCGGAAGAAAUAUGUAGACACUUGUAACAGAAGACAUGCUAAAGUCGAAUGUAAACAAUGCGGUAAGUGUGUUAGCAAGGCAUAUAUCAAACUCCACAUGAGGAUACUUCAUGGCACACCCGAGGAACAAGCAGAGUGCCAAAUAAAAUGUGAAUUUUGCGAUCGCAACUUUAACCGUAAAUACUAUGCAGAUCAUGUCAAGAGAGUGCAUGGCCUUCAAAAAAACAUAGAUCAAGAAGAAGCAAAAUAUAUUACAUGUCCGGUGUGUGACAAAGAAAUUAAAGAGAGUAAAUAUGAAGCACAUGUAGCAGGGCAUGGUGGGCGGCUUAAGCAGUUCAUUUGUGAUAAAUGUGGGAAAGUGUUUAAGCAUCCGUCCGCUUUUAAAACUCACUGCCUUACCCAUGGUAGUGAAUUGAAAUACAAAUGUCAAUUCUGCCCCUACAGGGGGUUACAUCUGGCAUUACUCAAAAUUCAUGUGAGGACGCACACUGGUGACUAUAAUUACAAAUGUACAGAGUGUCCAGCUCGAUUUAUAACGAAGAGUAACUUGUCGAAACAUCUUCAGAGGCACAAAGCUCCGAGUAAUUUUAAAUGUGAAAUUUGCGGUAGAUGUUUUUACUCAAAACGAGAUCUUGAGAAACAUGCUAAAUGUGUACAUUUGUCGUUAAAAACUCAUGUAUGUGACACUUGUGGUAAAGGGUUUGGACACAGAGAUAAUUUGUUGUGUCACCAGUUAAAAAUUCAUAAAAGAGAUAAGUCCGGUCGCAAAGGCCGCAUGCCUUCCUAUCUGAAAGUAGACUCACAGAAACUUGAGUAAUGUUAACCCAUCAUAAAUUCAUAAUUUAUAAUUCAAAGCUUUAAUACAUUAUGUGUGGACUUAAGUUCAUAGCAUAACAUAAAUAAACACAUACAUACGUCCCAUAGAGCAGAAAUUAUGCAUGAUAGCCAUACACUAUAGCAUAAAUUGGAUCUCCUACAACUUAAUGUGAUAUUCUUUACAGUACAAAAUAUGACUCACUUAUUCUAGGUGAAGUCGGCCUGUUUUUAGAUAAUAAAUAUUAUAUUGAGCUGUUCAGCAUUCUCUUGUUUCUAAAUAUGUACCCUAAUAGGUGAUGGUAUGACCAAUAGCCUUUUAAUGUAGGUAUUUGGUUUGAACAUUUUUAUAGUUAGAAUUCCAAAUUAUGUUUUUCAAUAAAAUUAUAUUUUUAA